GGAAGUGAUCAUCAUGGCUGUAAGGCCUCUGGUUCUCUUUACUUCUCUUCUCUUUCCACACAGGGAUGGAUGGAUCCAACAAGCAUGCACAUGGAGACGCAUAGAAUGCUUAGCCACACUUAAAAGAAAGAAUGAAUUGAGGAAAAUACAGGGCAAUUUUGGCAUCGUGAUGCUUUGUGGAUUGAAUAAAAUAACUCGAGAAGUAGAAAAAACUCUUUUGAGUUAUAAAUAAACCACUUGUCUGUCUCCAGAACUCAUUAGAUCUUCAUCAUUUCUGGGAAACAAACAUGGAAAGACCCUCCUCUUCCCUUCCGUUAAAGGACCGGGUAGCAAUAGUGACGGGUGCUUCACGUGGCAUAGGUCGUGCCAUUGCUAUUCACCUCCACUCCCUUGGAGUAAAAGUUGCGAUCAACUAUGCAUCAAAUUCAACCCAAGCUGAUCUCCUAGCAUCAGAACUUAACACCUCCUCAGCUCCAGCUUCUGCAGUUGCCAUCAGAGCUGAUGUUUCGGACCCAGAUCAGGUGAAGCUCCUCUUUGACAAAACCGAACAAGAAUUUAACUCAAAAGUCCAUAUCCUGGUAAACAGUGCAGGAACAAUGGAUCCAAAGUAUCCAACUCUAGCCAACACAACAGUACAAGAUUGGGACAUGAUUUUCAAUGUGAACACAAGAGGAGCCUUCCUUUGUUGCAAAGAAGCAGCUAAUAGAUUGGUAAGAGGAGGUGGUGGAAGAAUCAUAAUGAUCUCAACCUCAACAGUUGGGGCACUCAUGCCUGGAUAUGCAGCAUAUACAGCUUCAAAAGCAGCCGUGGAGACGAUGACCAAGAUUGUUGCUAAGGAGCUAAAGGGUACAGGAAUCACUGCUAACUGUGUUGCACCAGGGCCUACAGCAACAGAUUUGUUCUUUGCAGGUAAAAGUGAAGAAACUGUGAAGAGAUUAGUGGAUGCUUGCCCUUUAGGCAGGCUUGGUGAGCCCAAAGAUGUGUCUGGGAUUGUGGGAUUUUUGGCUACUGAUGCUGGGGAAUGGAUUAAUGGUCAGGUUAUUAGGGUUAAUGGUGGAUUUGUAAUCUAAUUUUCUUUUCUUCUUCUGACCAAUUACUUUUAUGGUUUGGUUCUUCUUUGUUCGUCAAAGAUUUUAUUAAGAACCUACCAGGCACCAUCAGACUUGUUGCUUGGUGAUUUAUUUUUAUUAUAUUGGAUUCUUCUGAUCUUCUUUA